UACGUCACUGCCUCAUAGCCACGAACCGUGAGCGGUUUUAAGACAAGGGCGAUUUUUAAUUCACGCUCGAUUUUUAGUGUGAAUUCUGAAAUCGAAUCAAUUUUUCUCUAUAUUUUUACUCCUUUUUCCUGUAAAAUAUUCGCGUAAAAGUUGUCAUCACAGACAACUCUUUUCAUUUGAGACGUGAUUGUAAGAAAAGCGGCUUUACCCUGGAUAACAUGUCGUAUGGUCGACGAGCCCCACCAAAAAUUGAUGGGAUGAUCUCACUCAAGGUCGACAACUUGACGUAUCGCACGACGCCCGAGGAUUUGCGCCGUGUCUUCGAGAGAUGCGGCGAAGUUGGUGACAUUUACAUCCCACGUGAUCGGCAUACGCGCGAAAGUCGUGGCUUUGCCUUUGUGCGGUUCUACGACAAACGCGAUGCGGAAGACGCGCUCGAGGCAAUGGAUGGUCGCAUGUUGGAUGGCAGAGAGUUGCGUGUGCAGAUGGCACGUUACGGCAGACCAACGAGCCCACAACGAGGACGAGGCGGCGGACGACGUGAUGAUAGGCGCGGAGGCGGAGGUCGUUACAGAUCACGAUCACGUGAACGUCGUCGUCGUUCGUAUUCCCGUUCCAGAUCUCGCAGUCGCAGCGCCGUUUCCAAAUCACGCAGCCGAACACCAGCCUCCCGAUCAGCUAGUCCACGUGCUGGAUCCCGCAGUGACAGUCGCGACUAAACACUUGACAAGCAUGCAAUGAAAUUUUAUCCAGGUUCAGUGCAGUUUGUUAGCAGUGUCUGUGCUGUGUCACAAAAAAAAAGACAAAAAUCUUAGAAAAUCUCUAAAAUUUUAUCCUGUGCUGAACCAGAACGAAAAGCUUAAAAAAAUGCGGCGUACUAAUAUUCCGUUGUUAGGAAACCCGGGGGUGUGUAGCUGAGUAGGCGAGAAAAAUUCGAGAGAGAGAAAGAGAAAAAUGAGAAAUUAACACAUGCUGGCGUCGUUCCAGGCGGAAAACUUUUGCUGAAAAAAUAUGCGGAGAGAAAAUAUGCAGUUGCUGUUUUUUCUUUAUUCUUCUUCUUCUUCUUCUCUUGUUUUCAGAGUUAAAAUAUUUUCGUUUUAGUUAAACGUGUUUUGUGUACGAGCAUUGCAGACCGAUCCAGAAUCCGUCGAGUUUUUCCGAAAAGCGUAAAAUUAUAGUUAACUUUUUUCCGCAAGUAAAUUUUCCGAGUGUUCGUGUGUGUUACGCCGCUCGCCCGCCCGUCGCACGCAUUUCCAGCUUUAUACUAACCGCCAGUCUCGAAUCAGUGCCUGUAGGGUCCAGAAAUUGCAGUCCAGCCAAAAUUUAUGCUGAAUUGACAAAAAAAAAAAUUAAAAAUUUUCACUUUUUAA